AUGGAACGAACGACGACGGAAGGAAGAAACCGGUGGCGAUGGUCUGGAGUUGAAUUGGAUCGAGAUCACACUCACAAGAUCUCGAACCACAAUGGAUUGAGAUGGAACGAUGGACUCGAAUGGAACAAUCGGGAUCAGCGGACAGGAUGGAUCAAGAUGGCGGAUGGACGACGACGACGACGACGACGACGACGAAGGAUGGAUCGGGAUGGAUCGGGAUGGAUCGAGGUGGAUCGAGGUGGAUCGGGAUGGAUCGAGGUGGAUCGGGAUGGAUCGGGAUGGAUCGGGAUGGAUGGAUCGGGAGGAUCGGAAUGUAUGAAAGGAUCGGGACGAAACAACGAUGGAAAUCCGAAAGAUCGGAAAACGAUGCUAAUCAACGAGAUCGCAAGGAACGGAAUGGAAAAGCGGGAUUCUACACUUUAA